UCACCACUCACUCCUCACACUCACCCCUCACUCCUCACACUCACCACUCACUCCUCACCACUCCUCACACUCACCACUCCUCACCACUCACUCCUCACACUCACCAUGGCGGUGGAUGUCUAUUACACCAGCGUCACCCCGUCCAGACAGAUCAGACAGCGGCAGAGGGAGGUGACGCGGAUCCUGGAGAGCAGGCGCGUGCCCUACCAGCUGAUCGACGUGUCGGUGGACGAGCGUGUCCUCGAGGAGAUGAGGAGACGCGCCGGGGACCCCUCCGCGCUGCCGCCGCAGAUCUUCAACGAGGGCGACUACCUCGGGGAUUACGUCCGUUUGUAUGAAGCCGUCGAGGAUGAAGCCUUCGAGCUGUUCCUGAAGUUUGCGCCCAGCCCCGGGGACAAACCGCUCAUCAGGGUUGACCUGAGCAGGUGCCGGGCGGACGACCGCGAACCCUCAGCGGCGCAGGAGGCGAGCGACUCAAGCGUGGAGGUAAAGGCAAUGGUCUCGAGGUACGAGCAGAAGGUUGUUGAGAAGUACGAGGAGGAGAGUCUGGAGGAGGAGGAAGAGGAGGAGGAUGAAAAGCAGGAGAAGAAGAAAAAGUUGGCGGAGAAUGUUGGUGAGGGGACAAGAACACCGGCUUCAACAGAGCAGGAGAGCGAGCGCCCAUUGGUCACCACGCAGAGCCUCUUGGAUCAUCUGGACACCGCUGCCACGAUACGGGGAGGGACGGCGGAACACCCGGAGGCCGGCCCCGAAGCGGAGACGGCGACGGAGUCGCGACGGCUCCCCGAGAUAAAAUCGACAGUGUCAGCCGCAGAGGGCGGAGUUGACGUCGCUCUACCCAAGCCCAUCUCUAUUCCGCCCGCCUUCAGGCAGCGUGCGGAGGCCGUGGUGGCGGCACCGGUGGCCACCGCCGCCGCCGACGGCAGCGGCGGGGGCGAGCGGAGCGAUGCUCUCCCGCCGGACGACGCAGAUGGAAAAUGGUCAAACAUCCGGCGAGCGGAGGGGCUCACCAUCGGUGCCGAACCCAUGGAAACCGCACCGACGCAGUCGGUCAAUGCGCCCGUGACGACGGCGAUGGCAAGAACGUCGGAGCUGCCCCAGAUUCUCCAGGCCGUGCUCGUCGCGGUCCCGUCCAACAUGGUCGAGACGGAAGCUCAUCGGACACCUCCUCCUCCAGGAGGAACGGUUGCGGCGGCGGCGGCACCACCACAACGACGACGACAAGCGCCGGCCGUGCCGAUGCGGCAGAAGAAGCGGCCGGAAAAGGGGGUGCAGCACGGCAAAGGUCGGGCGCCGUUAGCGCCGACAGCCGGAGGGGACCAGCGGAGGGGCGAGGUGGACGCGGUGGGACGGGAGCCGGGGAAGCUGGUGCAGGUGUCCAUCCGCGAGGGGCAGGCCGUGGUCCGCUGUUCCGUGCUGGAACCGGCCGCUCCGCCGGUAACCAUUGCUGAGCGACACGAGGAGAAGGAGGUGGAGGUUGCAAAACCGGGCAAGGCAAAGAAGAGCAAGAAGGCCAGGGGGAUGUGCAGCCAACAGUAGUGGGGGUAAUGCAGCGUCCCCCUGAACUCAGACUGCUGCAGUACGGUCUUGUCAGGAGGGUGCCACCAGAGCGGAAUCCAGACAAAAAAUGCGAAUGGUAACGCUCGCGGAAGGUGAUUGAGGCGGAUGGUGGUUGGAAGAGACGGGAAGGACUGGGAGACAGCAGCAGGAGCGUGGAAACGAUGACGAUCAGCCAGUGGAGGACUGCUGCUGAAUGUGUGUGGACCCAGGGCAAGCUCCAGCUCCUCUUGGACGAGGGGGCCAGUCGAGCUGGUUGUGUGUAUGUGUGCGGGGGGGGGGGGGGGGGCACUGUAACAGUGAUCUACCACGAAGGAGAGUUGGCCUGCGUGGGUGAAAGGGGACAUUUGAUGGUGCAGGGCCCACCCCCUGGCACCCGCUAGUGCAGGCUGGUUCACACAUGGAGUAGGAGCAUUAAGGCUGCGGCUGAUUCUUGUUUUAUUUCUCUCCUCUCCUGGUUUUGUCCAAUUUGAUGGCCGAGAAGAGACUUACGCACCCAGCGCAACCAUACCCAGUGCUGUAUAAACUCUCGCGAAAGGUUCGUGGCGACUAGUCACGUGGAACGUAUUGCAAUCUACCGGCGACCCUGGCACGUGUGCGCUGGGCAAUUAAAAGUAAACCUCCGGGUAGAUGGAAUUAAUGAUCAGGUGGGUUGUGGAACAUUACGGUGACUGGGCUGCGGGAUGUGAAUCAUUUUCCAGAUAGGCAAGGGCAUUUAUUUGGUGAUUUUUACUUUUUUGACAAACUUUUGUAAGAGAGUGAGCGUAGCUUUUUUUGCUUGAGAAAAGCUAUUUUUAUCCCCCCCCCUCGUGUGUUCGUAACAAAUUAUACGCUCAUAUAUAAUGCGUGCCUUUUUUUAACCAAAGGGUAUAUGUCAAGGACAAUGCACGGAUCACAUUCUGCUUGCCAGAAGGGCGGGAGGGCGACUCGGUGGUAACGUUCGAACCUCACAGCAAGAAGUGCCUGAGUUCGAUUCCUGACUUUCUGUGCGGAGUUUUUAUGUUUCCCUCUGUCUUCGCUGGAUUCCUCCCAUCGCUCAAAAGACAUACAGACAAUGUCGCUUGUAUGUAAUUGGCCACGAUAUAAUCUUUUACAAUACAAGGUACAGUAUUAAUGUUAACGUUAUGAUUAUGACGAUAUUAACGUCCUUGUAUAACUUUGUAUUGCAAGUAUAUCUUCUUACAGUGUUAGUGUAUGGUUGUUGUGCUCUGCUGUACUUCCAGUACGAAUAAAGAUGAAUGCACUCAGAAGCUCUUCACAAGAUAAUCAUUGGCAUCAUUGUGGAGAAUAUGAAAACAUAA